AUGGGAAUAGAGAAUGCAACACUACUGACAGAAUUUGUUCUCACCGGACUCAGUCAUCUGCCCCAGUGGAAAAUCCCCCUGUUCCUGCUGUUCUUGGUCAUCUAUCUCAUCACCAUUGUGGGGAACCUUGGUCUGAUCACUCUCAUCUGGAAUGACCCUCACCUUCACAUCCCCAUGUACUUAUUUCUUGGGAGUUUAGCUUUUGUGGAUACCUGGUUAUCCUCCACAGUGACACCAAAGAUGCUACUAGACUUUUUCACCAAGAGUAAACUGAUCUCUUUCUCUGAAUGCAUGAUACAGUUUUUUUCGUUUGGAAUCAGUGCAACCACAGAAUGUUUUCUCUUGGCAGCCAUGGCCUAUGAUCGUUAUGUAGCCAUAUGCAAACCUUUACUCUACCCAGUCAUCAUGACAAAUAGACUCUGUGUACGUCUUCUAACAAUGUCCUUUAUAGGUGGAUUUAUUCAUGUUUUGAUUCAUGAAGGCUUUUUAUUCAGAAUAACAUUCUGUGAUUCUAAUGUAAUACAUCACUUUUAUUGUGAUAUUAUGCCACUGUUAAAGAUUUCCUGUAGUGACCCUUCUCUUAAUUACCUGAUGCUUUUUAUUUUGUCUGGCUCCAUUCAGGUUUUCAGUAUUUUGACUAUUCUUAUCUCAUAUACACUUGUUCUAUUUUCAAUCCUAAAGCAGAAAUCUAUCAAAGGCAUAAAAAAAUCUUUUUCUACCUGUGGAGCCCAUCUCCUCUCUGUAUCUUUAUACUAUGGCUCCCUUCUCUUCAUGUAUGUGCGUCCUGCAUCUCCACAAGUAGAUGAUCAAGAUAUGAUGGACUCUGUAUUUUACACUGUUAUAAUUCCUGUACUUAACCCAAUUAUUUACAGUUUGAGAAAUAAGCAAGUAAAAAAUUCACUGGAAAAAUUGCUAAAGAGAAAUACUUAG